AUGUAUGCAAAGUAUGGUGACUUGGAGACUGCGGGAAUGAUGUUCAGGAGUAGAACAGAUAGAAACACAGUUUCUUGGACAGCAAUGAUCUCAGGAUUCAUUCAGAAUGGACUUCAUGAGAAGGCAUUGACUUUGUCUCGUGAAAUGAAAAGAGCUGGUGCAAUCCCGGACCGGGCCACGUUUUCGAGCAUCCUACGUGCUUCGGCAUGCCUUGCAUUGCUUGAGCUUAGAAAGCAGUUUCACUCAUAUAUAAUCCAAAGCAGCUAUAUGUCUAGUGUGUUCUGUGGGAGUGCCAUGCUUGAUUUAUACGCAAAAUGUAGCUUCCUAACAGACACUGUUCUGCUAUUCAAUAAAAUGCCUGAACGAAACAUCGUCUCAUGGAACACCAUGAUUGCUGCAUAUGCACAAAAUGGGCAGGGAAGUGUGGCUUUUUUGACAGGCCGUGGCGGCGAGCAGCGACAACGAGUGGACGGCAUGCUUGGCGGCAUUAUCUCAGCCAUCAAGCAUGCCGCGGCGAUGAUCAAUGGCAGCGGUGACUGGCAGCGACAGCAACAACGAGAGACGAGUGUGGCAUGCUUGGCGGCAUUAUCUCAGCCAUCCAAGCAUGCUACGAUGGUGAACAACGGCAUCGAGCUUGUCAAGAUACCACUUGAUCAAAACCUCAGGUUAUAUAAAGAAGAUGGAAAGUUGAUUGAUGACCCAUCCAUUUACAGAAGACUCAUUGGAAGAUUAAUGUACUUGACUUUAACAAGGCUAGAUUUAUCCUAUUCAAUACAGCUACUAAGCCAAUUUAUGGAUAAACUAAGAGAUGCUCACUUAAUUGCUGCACAUAAAGUAAUAAGGUAUAUCAAAAUAGCACCAGUUCAAGGCUUGUUCUACCCUUCCAGUUCUACUUUACAACUAAAUGCUUAUAGUGACAGCGAUUGGGGGCUUGUCUGA